UCUCAUUCCGCACCCCCAGCAGCCCCUAGUCUCCCCCCGCCAAUGGAAGCCACCCACGAGAACGGGAACUCCAGCCGCCGCCUCCUCCAUGUGGUGGCGCUGCCGUUACCCGGCCGCGGUCACAUCAACCCCAUGCUCAGCCUCUGCCGCCGUCUCGCCACCCGCGAAGGCCUCCUCGUCACCGUCGUCGUCACCGAGGAAUGGCUCGGUCUCCUCUCCUCCUUCUCGUCCUCCGCCGCCGCCGCUGCCUCGCCAGCGUCGAACCUCCGCCUCCGCGCCAUCCCCGACGUCGUCCCUUCUGAGAGCACCCGUGGGCAGGACUACGCGGACUUCAUCCAGGCGGUGCUUACCAAGAUGGGGGGCCCCGUGGAGGCGCUAGUGGCGGCGCUCAACCCCCCGGCGGACGCCGUCGUGGCCGACGCGCUCCUGCCUUGGGCGGCGGGGAUAGGGCGGCGGAGAGGGGUUCCAGUGGCGGCGCUUUUCCCGCAGGCGGCGGCGGUGUUUCUCGCCCUCCACGAGUUCAGGAGCUUCGACGACGGUCGCCCAUUGUCGGAGAUCCACGCUUCCGGUAGAGCAAAUGGUUAUUUGGACUACAUUCCCAGAAACUCCUCUCCACAUCUGGCUGACUUUCUCUCAAAAUCUUCCGGCCAAAACAUGAUCAGAACUUUCAUACAAGUGCUCACUUGGUUCAGCACAGCUCAAAGUUUACUCUUCAACUCCUUUGAUGAGCUCGAGGGCCAUGCCAUAAACACUCUUAGGUCCAAACUCUCAAUCCCCAUCUAUUCUAUAGGUCCUUGCAUCCCUUAUAUAACACAUGGGGACAAUCCCCCUGAUCCCUACUACAAAUGGUUGGACUCUCAGCAAAGGAGCUCUGUUCUAUAUGUCUCACUAGGCAGCUUCUUACCAAUUUCAGAUGUGCAUACGGUUGAGCUAGCAACUGGGCUUCAGAUGAGUGGUGUUCCCUUCUUAUGGGUUAUGCGUGGAGACUGCACACAAAUUAAGAAGCUAAGUGGAGAAAUGGGCUUUGUGGUGCCAUGGUGUGAUCAAUUGAGUGUAUUAUGCCAUCCUUCUGUUGGGGGCUUCUUGACACAUUGUGGCUGGAAUUCCACAUUAGAAGGCAUAUACGCUGGUGUACCAAUGGUGACCUACCCUUUGAUGUGGGAUCAAUACCCAAACAGUAAGCUGAUUGUGGAUGAUUGGAAGGUCGGAUUUCGGAUAAAGAAUGAGGAGGAAGAAGGUGUUGUUGGAAGAGAGCAGAUAGCAAAUGUAGUGCAGAAGUUGAUGGACUUGGAUGCAGAUGAUAGUAGGGAGCUAAGAAGAAGAGCAAGAGAGUUCAAAGAGAGAUCCCUUAAAGCAUCGAAUGACGGUGGUUCGUCGACCACCAGCAUUGAUGCUUUUCUUCAAGAUGUUAUACGUUGCAAGCAAAAGUUCGCUUAUCAUAACAAGACCACCUGAACUCAAGUAGGACAACUUGAGUGAGAACUUAUCAAAGUAGAGUAUGAUUCACUGCCUCGCUAAAUCUAUUGUGGAUUUGCAGCUGAUAUAGGUCACUGUUAGCAAACGAAGAUUGUGGUUGUGUACAAAAGGGUUUGUUUCCCCUCAGGCAUCAUCAAUUCCUAUCUUAGUACACAACUUAAAUUCGAUAUAAUGCAAGGUCAUGACUGCUAUACCCAAUUUAUAUUUAUGCUCAAUUUGCAGUUGUCUCACAUAGCCAUCUAUUACCAACUUCAUUGUCAUCUUCUGUCCAUGUGUCUCAAGGAUGACAUGGGAAAAGCUUAUUUUUCUUCGUGAUGUAUCCAAGCAUCAAUCAGAAUACUUAACAGAGCUCAAAAAAGCCUUCCCUCUAUGUUACAGAAACUAUAUGAAAGAAUUACAACCACCCUUCAAAUUUAA